GCUUCCGCUUCCGGCGGUGCCCGCGGCUGCUUUGAAUCGCAGCGGCGCGGCCGUUGGGCGCUGUGAGGUGAAGCGAGGCCUCUGGCUGCUCGUUUUAAGACGAGGAAAACACGUCUGUAUUCAGGGCUGUUCUUCGGCAGCUCUGUAUUCGACUGUAAGUUUAGCGGUUUAGUAAGAUGUCUUCUAAGAAAAGAACGAAGAGAAACCGUACUGGAGAUGAAUUCAAGGAACACAAAGGCAGUUCUCAUCCUCGCCGGAAAUUUCUUCUCCCUGAGGAACCUGAUGUCUCAAGGAUAUCGAAGGUUGCAGGUGUAAACCAACUCGAGGAGCUUUGUGAUUCAUUUGAUCAGCCUUUGCACAGUACUGCUGUAGACGCUUAUGCAGAGGAGCACUCAGAAAAUGAAUCAUCUAGUCAUGUUCCAGCUCCACAAAGGACAAAUGUGGAAAGAAGUGAAAAGAUGCACUUGAAGAUGCCUGAAGGCGACGUUCACAAGUUCAACCAGAGUGGUUCUGUACAUGAGCCCCUUAAGGAGAAUCUGAACGCUCCAAAUAUUACUCGAUCUGAGGUGAAAAAGAAGGGACCUUCAAAGAAGAGUACACCAGAUCCUUCUGUUAACAGCCCAUCUUCUGUACAACUUUGGUGUCCCAGUGAGCUGAAAAGAUCAUCCAGAGAUAUCACAGAACUGGAUGUUGUUCUGAGUGAAUUUGAAAAGAUAGCAGCAAACUAUAGACAAAGCAUAGAAUCAAAGAUGUGCAGAAAAGCUAUCAGUGCCUUUUGUUCUGCUUUUGAGGACCAAGUCACUAAUCUUAUAAUAGAAGUCCAGGAAUUAAAGAAUAUAAAGAAAAAAAAUGCUAAGGUGGUGGCAGACAUCAACAAGAAAAGGCAGCGACUGAUGCAAGUCAGAGAAAAGCUAAGUAGAACUGAACCACAACUGAUGAAACUACAAAAAGAAUAUGCUGAGGUAGAGGAGAGGAAAUCUUCCUUGAGGCAAGUAGUUCAAUUCCUUGCUGAUCUAAAGGAACUACAGCACGACUACUUGAAUUACAGAGAAGAAAACCCAAGAAAGAAAGUAGCAUAUGGAACUUCCAGCCUACCUGCUCUUCUGGUGGAGUCACGGAGAAUUCUACAAGCAGAAAGACACUUUCAAAAUAUUAAUAGGAAACUGGAAUAUGCCCUGGAGGUACAGAGAGGGAAGUUAUCCAAGGAACAUUAAGCUCUUUUAAUAGGCUUUUUGACUAUAAUUGAUCAUUACUGUAAUGGACUGUGCUUUGCUUGGCUAAUUGUUGUUGGUCUUUGGUGUUUAAAAGAAGUCAGUGACUUCAUCAGAUAGUAUCUUUCUAUUGUAAAAUAGCUUACCUAAGAACUUAAUUCAGAAUGAAAUAAUUCCAGUUAAUAUAGUAAAACUCCUUGUACUCUGUCAACAACACUUGUUUUUUUUUUUCUUUUAAUCUUUGGUUAUUUAAGUAAUGUGAUCUUGAAAACAAUAUGUACUUUAAAGAGGGAAUGCACUGACUUUGGAUGAACCAGCGACAGACAAAUCUCUUUAUUAAAUCUGUACCAGAAAUAAGUA